UGGUUCUCUUCCUCUCUUCAUCAAAAUCACAUAAAUCUCUGACACUUAGCUCUGUUCAGCGCUGGUUUUUCCUCCUUCAUUUCUCUUCAAGAAAAAACAGAGGCAUCAAUGGCUGGAGAUCUUGUUUUUACCCCUGAAGAAAUGGUGAUUGACAAGGGACUAGGAUACCCAAAGGCCUAUGCCAAGAUCUGUAAAGACAGAAGCUUUGGCCCCUUCAGCCGCGGCCCUCCUUUCGCUUUCACUCCCUAUUCUCUACCACAUCAUGAGGUUUUGAGAGCCAAAGAAUUGGAUGACAUGUUCCCUAUCAUUGAUCCAAAUGCACAACCCAGUACAAAACCGAAGAUUUUCCUGUCUCUUUUGUGGAAGCAACUCAACCAUCUCGGGAAUGCAGGGUUUGAUCCUGAAGUAUUUCGAGUAGACUCAUAUGGCAAUGUUCUGUAUUAUCAUGCUGAUUCAGCUUCACCUCUGGCUUGGAAAAUUGAUCAUUGGUUUCCUUGCUCCAGAGGAGGACUAACUGUUCCAAGCAAUCUGAGGAUAAUGCAGUGGCAAUCAUGUAAGAAAAAGAAUAAUAAGCUGGAAUUCCUUAUACCCUGGUGGGAUCUGCAAGUUGGUAUAUCCAUAAACCAGUUCCUGUCCAUCUUUGCUAUAUCAAAUUCAGAUUUCAGGCGCAGAGCAUUUUCAUGGUUGUUUUCUGAAGGUGAAAAUGAAGAACUGAAUGCCUCACAAACUGUUGAUUCCCAUGUUUUUCCUCAUCAUUUUGUUGAAUCGCAAGAAAAGAUUGGCCUGGCUCCAGCUGCUGUUGUUCUAAGUCGAAGAGAGUCUUUUGAUUCUUCCUCUACUCUGAAAUCCUUGGAUAUAAAUAGAAGACCAAGAUCAAACACUCCUAUUGUAGCUUACAAAAGAUCAAAGGCGGAUUUGAAAGAAAAUGAAGAUCCAGGCAUGGUGACCAAUCCAUACCAAGCUAUUGUGAUGGCUAGAGAUUCUUUGAGACACAGAGAAGAGACUUCAAAGAUGCAGGCAGAAAUUCAGAAAUUAGACGAUGAAGUGGGUGAAUUAAAGCAAAAGACUGAGGAGGAGAAAGCAGCCGUAGAAGAACUGGAGCUAGUCCUAAUAAAGAAAAGGAGGAGAGCAGAGAAAUGUCGACGACUAGCUGAGGCACAAUCUUCUUAUAGAGCUAUGCUAGAGAAGAUGAUUCGAGAUGCCAUGCACCAGAGUGUUGUGUAUAAAGAACAAGUGAGGUUGAAUCAGGCAGCAGCUAAUGCUCUUAUGGCAAGACUUGAAGCUCAAAGAGCAAUUUGUGAUUCUGCAGAGAGAGAGCUACACAAGAGAUUCAAAUAUAGAGAUGAACUCGAGCAACAGAUAAGACCUGAGUGGGACCAAACAAGAAAAAGAUCAAGAAUGGAUGAAUUUCCAGAUGAAGAGGGAGAUGAGAAGACUCUCCUCUGUCUUCCUGGCAGCAGCUCAAGGGCAGAAUUAGAGAAAGAUGAUCAGAGAGUUCUAUGCUUGCCAGGGAUGAAGUCCAAUGACAGUAUGCAUAAGGAACUAAGAGUAUUUCUGGACGAGGAGCAGAAAGCAUAUGAGGCAAGACUCUCUCUAAAUGGAGGACAAGAGAAAGAAAGACAAAGCGACAAGGCUAUUGUGCAGGCAAAGGACGAGGAUCCAACAGAGAAGAAGAUUCAAAAUACAGAAAUACAAGAAGAAGGGAUAACAUACAAUGCCGGGUUUCCCACUUUUCAUGAAGCUGAAAGAGAGGAGGAGGACGACGAGAGCAGAAAGCAACGUGGGAAAGGAAAUGUUGAAAAAUGGCUUCAGUUGCUUUUGGAUAACUCCCAAGAACCUACCAACUUUAGUGUUCAGACUGCUGAGGAGAACAAUAAUGGUAAGAAAACACUUAAUGCAGGAGAAGAUGAAACUAAUGAGAUUGAUGGCACGAUAAGAAAGCAGAACAUCAGACAUCCACAGAACGAGAUAAAGAAAUCCAGAUCAGAGGAGUCAGAAAUAGCUGAGAAACAGCCGCAGAAAGCGGCCAAACAGCUAGAUAAAGAAAUCCAGAUCAGACAUCCACAGAACGAGAUAAAGAAAUCCAGAUCAGAGGAGUCAGAAAUAGCUGAGGAUGUGAAACAGCCACAGAAAGCGGCCAAACAGCUAGAAGAAACAAAAAGAGAGGAAAUUGUUGAAAUGGCAGAGAGGAAAUCAUCAUUUUCAAACAGAGAAAUUGGAAAAAAAGAAGAAAGAACUGAGCUUAAAGGUCAAAAAACACCAUCCAGGAAUCCUCCUCCCUACAGAUUACUUCCAGAAAGGAGAGCCAGUGAUGUAGGUUCUGCUUCUAAGGGAGUAGUUGGGAGAUCUAGCAGCUGUGAAAGAACUGAAAGGAAGAGCGAAAAGGAAAAGGAAAAGGAAAAGGAAAAGGAAAGGGAACUCUUGAGGUCUGACAGUGCCAGGUUGUUUAGGCGUAUCCCGUCUUCCCCAUCUCUCCUCUUGAGUGGCAUGAAAAAGAGAGUGGAUUGCAUAAGGAAGAAGCCCUCAGUUGUUGGUGAUGAUAGCGAUGAAGGUCGGGUAGGAGGUAAUGGCUUCAUAAGAUCAUCCAUCAAAACAAUCAAGAAAGCAGUGAAGAUGUAGGCCCUGAUACAUAGAACUAAGUUCAUAUAGUUUGGUUGUUAUUGCUAGUGAGUGUUGGCUACCAAAAUGAGUGUGUGAAUGGUGCGCGCUUUAUUUCUGUGUAAAAUAGUGUACUAUUAUUCUUUUUGAAGGAUUUGUAAUAACAGCUUGUUGUUUGACGUAAGUAUCCUUUGGAGUUUGAAAACAUGUCCGGUUAUGUUUUACCAAGACAAAAUUAGAUCGUGCAGAAAGAUAAGAGGAAAGGUUUCUGGCACAAUUCUUUCAGUCAACAAUUUUGAAAAGACAAGUAGUUUUGUUUGUUUU